UUCUCAGCCCUGGACUCGACUCCCGUCCAAAUAGAAACACCAGUAGCCUGUUAAGAUCAAAGCAUUAGCAAUAGUUAUUCUGCUAGGCAUUGUGCCGUAUCAUCAAAAUCAGACUGAUACUGAUAGUUCGCGCUGGGUAAUCGCAUUUCCCGGCACACCCGCGUGACUGUCUGGCUAUCACAUCCUUCUCCUAUUCUGAAUUCUGCCUCCGUCGUGCCGGGUGCCCUAAUUCCGUGUUUCCGGACUCAAGAGCAACAAAAGAAAAGAAAGCAAUAUCCGGCAAGAAACAACAAACCACAAUUGUCGAUACGGGCAAAAUGACCCGUGAUUCCAUCAUGGACCAGAACGAAACAAAGACCGACGACCAGCUCAAGGCAGUCGAUAGCAUCCCCGGCUAUCUAGUUCUUUCCGAUGAAGAAAGUCUCGCGCAACUCGGUCAUCAGCAGGAGCUGAAGCGGCAAUUCUCUUUGACAACCCUGGGGGCAUUAUGCCUAUGUCUUAUGGCAACCUGGGAAGCACUUUCCACUGUCAUUGCCGAAGCACUCCUGAAUGGCGGUGCGCCAUGCCUAUUUUACAACUUCGUUCUUUCCUUUCUGUGCUCUGUGUGCAUAGCAUCAUCUCUUGGCGAGAUUGCGUACAUCUAUCCUACUGCAGGAGGCCAGUACCACUGGGUCGCGGCCUUGUGUCCCCCUCGUAGUCGAUCACUCGCCGCUUUCACGACCGGUUGGAUCUCCGUUGGCGGUCUGAUUGUCUUCUGCGCAUCAGCAGCGUUUGCAGCCGGCCUGCAAACCCAGUCCUUGAUCGCUGUGCUCCUGUACUCAGCGGCGCUGAACAUUUGGGGAUCAAAGAUGCUGCCCCACGCAAACAUGAUAUCACUCUCGCUAACAACUCCCGAAGGCAUUCUCCACGUUGUGGGCUGCGUAGUCAUACUGGUGGUCCUUGGCGUCAUGGCUCCCAAAAUAACUGCGUCGUUCGUCUUCACCGAAGUUGUCAAUAGCAGUGGCUGGGAAAACGAUGGUGUAUCGUGGCUCGUGGGCUUGAUUAGCGCGGUUUAUCCUUUCCUUGGGUACGACGCUGCUUGCCAUAUGGCCGAGGAAAUUCCUAUUAAUGCCCCACGCAAUGUCCCCAUUGCCAUGGUCGGAAGUGUGACAGUAAAUGGCCUGAUGGGCCUCAUUUACGGCACAGUCCUACUGUUCUCGACAGGGCUACUGGAGUCUCUAUUGACUACACCAACCGGCUUCCCCUUCAUGCAGAUUUAUCUCGAUGUCACCAGAUCUCGGGCUGGAGCGACAGUGCUCUCACUCCUAGUGAUCUUGAUCGCAAUUGCUGCAAAAGUAGUCGGCAUUACCUCCGCUUCCCGCACCCUCUGGGCUUUCGCUCGAGACAGAGCUGUUCCAUUCGACUCGCAUUUCAGCUACAUCAAUAAGAUUCUUCAGGUUCCAGUAACCUCUAUAGUGUUUGUUACUGUGUCCCAAAUUCUUCUCGGCUUUCUCUACUUGGCCAACACUACUGCUUUCAAUGCAGUUUUAUCUAUGGCAAUUAUCGGCAUCUAUCUCUCUUACAGCAUCCCUGUUGCUUAUAUGUUGUUCGUCGGUAGGAGCAAGCUUGCGCGCAAGGAGUACGGACCUUUCAGAUUGGGCCCGGUUGUGGGGCCAGUCUUGAAUGCUAUUACUAUUAGUCUUGUGUGGAUGACCGUCGUCAUCAUUUUCAGCACUUUCCCUUCAUCACAACCGGUCACUGCCCAGAAUAUGAAUUACUCUACCGUGGUCAUGGCAGGCUGGUUAGUCUUCGGACUUGUGUAUUACUUCAUCCGAGGCCGGGCGAAGUUUGAGGUUCCAGUUGUAGUUUCGGAUAUUGUCGAAGGAGUCAGGGAUAUUUAG